AAGAACUCGACAAAAAUGACGGUAAAGAAGCGACCGUCGGACUUGACGAGUCUGGAGCGAUUUAACUUGUACUACCGGGAGAAGGAACCGCCCAUGACCACUGGACAGAAGUUCCGGAGGUUCAUAUGGAACCCGAAGACGAGGCAGUUCUGCGGCAGGACCGGGUCGAGCUGGUCUAAAAUCGCCCUAUUCUACUUCAUCUUCUACGCCGCGCUGGCUAUACUGGUAGCCAUAUGCAUGUGGACAUUUCUUCAACUCCUGGACGCGAGGCAGCCAAAAUGGCAACUGGAAAAUUCCAUAAUUGGCACCAAUCCUGGCCUUGGCUUCCGUCCGAUGCCACCAGAGGUCGCCAGCAGUGUGGUUUGGUAUAGAGGAAACGACCCCCGUAGUUAUCAAUAUUGGGUUCAAGAACUUUCCAGUUUCCUGCAAAAGUACAAACGAGACGCGAAUAAAUCUGGCGCAGGUCAGAACAUUCACAAUUGCGAUUUCAAACUGCCCCCACCAGCUGGUAAAGUCUGCGAUGUCGAUGUUAGCCUUUGUAGUCCCUGUGUGGAGGACAAUGGGUUCGCAUACCAUAAAUCCACACCAUGCAUCUUCCUCAAACUGAACAAGAUAUAUGGUUGGAAACCAGAAUUCUAUAACAGUUCCGAUAAUCUCCCAUCAGCUAUGCCUGACGAUUUGAAGGAACACAUCAAAAAUAUGACGGCGUAUAAUAAGAAUUAUCUAAACAUGGUGUGGGUUUCGUGUCAAGGAGAGAAUCCAGCGGAUAGAGAGAAUAUUGGACCCAUCCAAUAUUUGCCCUACCGAGGAUUCCCUGGAUAUUACUUCCCCUACACCAAUCAAGAAGGCUACCUCAGUCCUCUAGUCGCAGUUCAUUUGCAGAGACCUAAAACGGGUAUGCUGAUCAACAUCGAGUGUCGUGCGUGGGCGCACAACAUCAAAUACGACAGGCACGAAGGAAUCGGUUCAGUUCACAUUGAAAUCAUGGUUGAAUAACACCAUCGCAUUAGGCGUAUUAACAUACGUGUUUAGUCAAAACGUUGUUAUUCAGUUCUCAUAUCUUCCAAUGCCAAAUGAGUUCCACUUAAGAAAUACAACUGAAUUUGUAGUAUGUUUGUAGUGAUCGUUCUUUUAUUGUAUGAAAAACGAUUUAGUGUUUAAUUUAUUAAUAAAAUACGAUUGAGUUUGUUUAUUA